CCUUGCCUUCCGAUCAAUGUUGUUCUCCAGCUAGACGCUUUAUACUUUGCCAACUUAUUGUAUUUUUUAAGUGCUCUGGAGCAAUCACGAGACUGAAAAUCGGCCGUCUUCCUUGGAAAGAUAGUUAGUAAACCAUGUUAGUGUGGAACUGUACUGGCGAGCUUGAGGGAAUUUUUUAAAAGGCGCCUGUGACUCAAACACCAGUUCUUCACCACAUUCCUAGAACUUAGCAGAUGUAGCAAAUACUUGACGAUGGAAAGAAGAGUCGAAGCAGAUUCUCCCACAAGAGUGACAUCCACUAACAGUAGGAUACCAGUGGUCCCCUUAGUGCAAAAUUUUAGUGACAUGAACCAUUAUGCAUCAACAGUUUCUCCAGAAGGAGUAGCCAUGCCACGCUUUAUUCUGUCACCCAGCCAACAACAACAACUUUCAGACAUUUUCUAUCUCAAGCAGCAACAGGAGCUGCAGCAACAGCUCCUCUACCAAAACUUCCAACACCAGUUACAGCAACUUCAGCAACAACAUCAGCACGAAUUGCAGCGUAAGAGAUUGCUUAUGAAGAGGCAAGAAGACCACCGCCAUAGAGAGCCACAAGAAAAGACACAAAAAGAAAGGGAGUAUCGCUUUCCACAACCGAAAAUUAAGGUUGAACCAGAAGAAUCCAAUGAAAGAGGACAAGGUUGUUCAGCAAUGGAUCAAGAUGAGCCUCCAGAAAAGCAAUCUAAAAUAAAGCAAGAAGUGCUUCAAUCUCCACCAAAACAGCCUCCUAUAGCUACUCAACAACAGCACUUUCAGAAGGCACCAGCACAGGAUAACCAUCAUUCACAACAACAGCAACAGUCACAACAUCAACAAGCACCCCAGCCACAACCACAGCAGUCCCAAGGAUCUCAGCAGCUGCCUCCACCAGAAUUAUCUUCUAGUGAGGUGAAGAAGCGUCUUCAUGAAUUUGUCAUCAGCAAGAAGCAAAAGGAUCUUGCUUUAGCUUCUGGAGCACAUGCACAAGCCUUUAAGCACUGGAACCAGCAAUAUGGUGAUUCAGAUAGAAUUGCACCCCUAGGAACUGGUUAUGAGGGAGUCAAUUAUCCAUUGCGAAAAACAGCUUCUGAACCAACCCUGAAAGCAAAGUCAACACUCAAAGCCAGACUCAAAUAUUGUCAUGGAAGCCCAUUGCUAUAUAGGCGUCAAGAUCGUCGAAAUGGAAAUAGGAUGAACAAGAGCCUAACAUUGGAAAAUGCAGGAGGUGAAAUGGGUGAAUGUUCCAAUCCUGGGUCACCAAACCAGUCAUCAUCUACCUCACCACACAGAGAGGGUUCGUCACCCUUGAGCACUGGUCCUGGGUCUGGUCUCGGGCACAGUCUACCCAAUCUCCAAGCAAUUCCACGUUACCCUUCAGGAAUGGAUCACGGCCGCGGCAGCCAGCUGUGGCUUUCAAGCCCGCUUGCUAACAAACCCCGUGUUCUAAGUCAUGGCAGUAGCUUAGCAAGCAAUGAUGUAACUCACAUGGAGGUACAGCAGAGUCCGUAUUCUAGUCAAACUAUUUCAGAUGGAAUCGAGGAAGAGGAUGAGAGUGAUGUCACUGCAGCUGCACAACAUCAGGCGCGGUGGAAGCAGCUGGCAUUAGUCCAAGCACAAGCUCAGAUGCUGUCCAUGGGUUACGGGGCGCAUCAAUUGAAAGUGAAUUCUGUGGUGCCACCCUCGUCAUCUUCAGCAGGGCCACCGUCCACAUCACCAGAAGCACAAAACAACUUGUUAUCACCCCGAGGAGUGGGAGGAGGGCUGUCUGCAUCACUAACAUCAGCACAGAUGGAAAGACAAUUAAAGGUGCACCGGCCUUUGCGUCAGUCUCUAUCAGCACCAGGCCUGUCUUUGUCAAAUGGUGUAGCCCUGCACCAGCAGCCACAAAACCAAGAACUGUUACAGCAGCAGCAUAUGGAAUUUAUGAAACAACAACGGGUGCAACAGCAGAAUCAAGCUAGGUUAAUCCAACAACUUCAGCAGGAGUUUAUUCUGCAGCAAAUUGGUGCCAAAAACCUCCAAAUGAACUUGCAAAAGCUGCAAGAAUUACAACAGCAACAGCUGGUGCACAAAGAAUCCCAGGCAGCGCUCAAAGAACACUUGGAACAUAUGCAACAGAAAGAAGCGUGGAAGGAGCAUUUUUAUCAAUUGCAACAACAACAGCAGCAACAGCAACAGCAGCAGCAAAAAAUUCAAGCUCAAUUGUUGCAGCAGCAACAACUGCAGCAGCAGCAGCAACAACAACAACAUCAACCACACCAACCGUUACCCAGACUUGUUCGUACACACAGUCAUGAUGACCUUCCCUCACCUCAGACCAGCCAAGAGCAACAAAUACAAGAACUUCAGCUUAUUCGUCAGCUACGUCAACAGGACUCCCCUGAAAAAGGAUCCUUGCUACAAGGAAACCAACAAGCUCUACAGCUGCGCCAAGCAGAUUUAGCUGCAGCGUCAUCCGCAGGAUCUGUUUCUCCUGGGGCAACUGUGGGUCACAGGCCUUUAUCAAGAGCUCAUUCAUCACCUGUUGUAGGUAGUGGUCAAGUGGCUGACACAGGGAAUCGUACCGGCCUUGUUUACGACACAGUUAUGUUAAAACAUCAAUGUUCAUGUGGUGAUGCCAGUUCCCAUCCAGAACACCCAGGAAGAUUACAAAGUAUCUGGGCACGACUGCAGGAGACCGGUGUAGCUAAUCUUUGCGAACGAGUGCGUCCUAGAAAAGCUACCUUGGCUGAAAUUCUUACAGUUCACAGUGAACAGCACACCAUGUUGUUUGGUGGCAGCACACAAUGUAGAACAAAGAAUGAGGACGGGACAAGUACUUUGCUCAAGUGUUUCAAUAAACUAUUUUGUGGUGGGAUUGGGGUUGAUGGAGAUACAAUAUGGAAUGAAAUGCACAGUGCUAAUGCAGCCAGAAUGGCCGUCGGGUGUGUCGUGGAACUUGCAUCUAAAGUUGCCAAAGGGGAACUGAAGAAUGGAUUCGCUUUAGUGAGACCUCCAGGACACCAUGCGGAAGCUCAUCAAGCGAUGGGCUUCUGUUACUUUAAUAGCGUGGCAAUUGCUGCGAGACUACUGAGACUGAACCUGUCAGUUGAACGAGUUCUCAUUGUGGAUUGGGACAUUCAUCAUGGAAAUGGAACUCAGCAGAUGUUUUAUGACGACCCACAUGUUAUGUACAUCUCAAUUCACCGCCAUGAUGACGGGACCUUCUUCCCUGGUACUGGAAAGUCAGAAGAGUGUGGUGCUGGAAUAGGCGUUGGCUACAAUGUCAAUAUUGCCUUCAUGGGCGGAUUAGAGCCUGUAUAUGGUGAUGCUGAGUACUUCGCAGCGUUCCGUUCCAUAGUGAUUCCCAUAGCGAAGGAGUUUGAGCCCAACAUUAUAUUAGUUUCAGCAGGGUUUGACGCUGCGGCCGGACAUUCGCCUGCUUUGGGUGGCUACCAGGUCACGGCAGCGUGUUAUGCGCAGUUGACGAAACAGCUCAUGGAUGUUGCUGGAGGCCAUGUGGUCAUGGCAUUGGAAGGAGGCUACAGUUUGCCGUCCCUGUGCGACGCAGCUGAGGCGUGUGUGAAGGCCUUGUUAGGAGAAACACUUCCUGAACUCUCUAAGGAUAGCCUUAAACGGGCCCCGAAUCCAAAUGCUGUAGCUGUGCUUGAGAAAACGAUAAAUAUUCAAGGUAGAUACUGGAACAGUGUGAAGAGAGCCGCCACACAGAUCUGCCAAUCAUUAGUCCAAGCUCAACAGCGAGAGAAAGAAGAGGCCGAUACCGUGACGGCGCUAGCGUCACUUUCCAUGGGAGUUGUACAGGAAUCAGACAAAAGUAUUGACGAAUCCAUGGAAGAAGAACAAGUUGAAACAUGAAACCAAAACAGAGAAAAUCAAAAGCAAAGAACGAUUUUAGGUAGAAUAGCUUCUAUAAAUAUCUUGUGUAAAUGCCCUUAUGCGUCUAUCACGCAAAUCACAGCACUCGUUAUAAAUCGGUACACAGUCGUGUAGGUUUAAAUGACGGACGAAUAAUCGUUACAUUUUGACUGCUGACCCAGCUCGAGCUGCAUUGAGGUAAAGCGAUUUAUCGGGACAGAAAUGUAUCAGUGUUCUCACCACCCC